AUGAAUGGGGAUUUAGCAGCUUUUGAAAAGAUGGCUUCCCCCGCCUGCCCUCUGGGCCCCAUGGACAGCCUGGAGCUGCUGGAUCUGCUCUUUGACCAGCAGGAUGGCAUCUUGAGACACGUUGACUUGGGCGAGAGCUGGGACCACCCUGAGGACCAGGUCCAGCCGGGUCGCAACCAAGAUGACUUCCUCACCUCCAUCCUGGGUUCUGCCGACUCGGUGCCCAGCUCCCCCCUCUGGUCCCCUGCAGCAAGUGACAGUGGUAUUUCUGAAGAUAUGCCCUCCGAUCCCCAAGACACCCCUCCACGGAAUGGGCCUGUCACGACGCCUACCAACAGCCACCCUGCUGAGCCUGUCAAGGGGCUGUGCCCCUCUUAUGGUCCUGGCCCCCCCGGACCCCAGGAGCUGGUGACUCCUGUGCUUGAGGCCUCUGUGGCCAUAGACUUGGACCUGUGGAGCCCGGAAGGAUGCCUCUAUCCAGAGGAGCAGACUGCACAGGCAGACUCAUCUCCACGCUACAACCUGUCGGUGAAAGAACUCCUCCUCUCAGGCAACAGCGGGGACCUGCAACAACAUCACCUGACAACCCCGCUGCGGCCUGGACCAGCACACUGCCAGGAGCUGGUGUUGACAGAGGAUGAGAAGAAGCUGUUGGCUAAAGAAGGCAUCACUCUCCCCACCCAACUGCCCCUCACCAAGUAUGAGGAGAGAGUGCUGAAAAAAAUCCGCCGGAAAAUUCGGAACAAGCAGUCAGCCCAAGAGAGCAGGAAGAAGAAGAAGGAAUAUAUUGACUGUCUGGAGACUCGGAUGUCUGCCUGCACCGCCCAGAACCAGGAGCUGCAGAGAAAGGUCCUGCAUCUUGAGAAGCAGAAUCUGUCCCUCUUGCAGCAGCUGAAGAAACUCCAAGCCUUGGUGGUCCAGUCCACCAGCAAGUCUGCCCAGACAGGCACUUGCAUAGUGGUCCUGCUGCUCUCCUUUGCCCUCAUCGUCCUCCCCUCCAUCAGCCCUUUCACCCCCAACAAAGCCAAGAGUGCCGGGGACUUCGCACCCAUGCGAGUCUUCUCCAGAACACUGCACAACGUCGCCACUUACCGCGUGGCCCCAGACACCGCGUCAGGCUCCGAGGCCCGGGGGCCCCGAUCGGAGGCCGGCACACUCCAAGAAGGGUCUCCAGGCAAACCCAGGGCAAACUCAGGCUCCAAGGACACACCAGCGCUGGACAGCUCGACAACGAUUCAGGACAACUCGACGAAAAUGCUGGACAACUCCACCGCAACACCACACAACUCGACGCUGGUGCUGGACGGCAUGACAGCAAUGUUGGACAGUUCGAUGGCCAUACUGGACAACACGUUGGGCCUGGACAACUGGAAGGAGGUGCUGCUGGGCCUGGCUGCCCUGCUGGGCUGGGCCACGUCUGAAACAGGGCCCAGCCCAGGGUGCAUGGGGCUGGAGGCAGCGGGGGAGGAGUUAUGA